AAAUAUUCAUUCUAGCUUUGAAUUGCAAUGGAGGCCUUUCGGUGCUCCACAGCCUCGUUGUUAUUACCAUUAUUGUCCCUCAUUCUUCUCUUCAUCAUUUUCACUCCCCUCAAACAAAACUAUCCUUCAUUUUCUCUUUUCCUUUCCCCACAUGAGCUUCUGGCUAACUCUGCAUAUAGAAGCUUUGAACAUAACACAACCAGUAGCAUUCAGAAAAUGACUAGCUUGGAUAGAGUUGAAGCAGGUUUGGCUGAAGCACGAGCCUCAAUUCGGGAGGCAAUUCUGUCAAGGAACUACAGUAGUAGUACUUCAGGGAAGCCAAAGAAGUUCAUCCCAAAAGGGUCCAUUUACAGAAAUCCAUACUCUUUUCACCAGAGCCACAUGGAGAUGGUGAAGAGAUUGAAGGUGUGGGUUUAUGAGGAAGGAGAGCAACCACUAGUGCAUGACGGGCCAUUGAAGGGCUUAUACAGCAUUGAAGGUCAAUUCAUGGACGAAAUAGACAGCUGCCGCAAGAGCCCCUUCAAGGCUAGGCACCCUGAUGAGGCAAACCUUUUCUUGAUUCCAUUUAGCAUCUCUAACAUUGUCCAAUAUGUAUACAUGCCCAUCUUGUCCCAACAGGAUUACCACCUUGGCCGCCUGCAACGGUUGGUGGAGGAUUAUGUACAUGUUGUGGCUGAUAAGUAUCCUUACUGGAACAGAAGCAAUGGUGCAGACCAUUUUCUCCUUUCUUGUCAUGAUUGGGCACCAUACAUCUCAGGUGAAAAUCCAGAUCUUUACAAGAACUUCAUCAGAGUCUUAUGCAGUGCCAACACUUCAGAAGGGUUCCAGCCCAAGAGGGACGUGUCUAUCCCUGAAAUUUACCUAUCUUAUGGAGAGCUAGCCCCACCAAGCCUGCCCCAACACCCAUCGAAUCGCACCGUAUUGGCCUUCUUUGCUGGUGGAGAGCAUGGGGCCAUUAGGAAGCUUCUGCUUCAGCAUUGGAAGGACAAGGAUGCCCAAGUUCAAGUUCAUGAGUACCUCCCAAAGGGCCAAAACUAUACCCAAUUAAUGGGCCUGAGCAAGUUCUGCUUGUGCCCAAGUGGGUAUGAAGUUGCUAGUCCUAGAGUUGUGGAGGCAAUUCAUGCAGGGUGUGUGCCUGUGAUCAUUUCUCAGAACUAUUCUUUACCUUUUAAUGAUGUCCUCAAUUGGAGUCAAUUCUCCAUAGAGAUUCCAGUGGAGAAAAUACUUGAGAUUAAGGAUAUAUUACAAAAUGUUUCAGAAAGCAAGUAUAUGAAAUUGCAAGAGAAUGUAAGAAGAGUUCGGAGGCAUUUUGUAAUUAAUAGGCCGGCUAAGCCAUAUGAUGUAAUGCACAUGAUACUUCACUCAAUUUGGCUGAGAAGACUGAACUUCAGGUUGAUAACUUCACAAUAAAAAGUUGUUAAAUUAUGCAUGAAAAAUUGUCCUACAGGCCAAAUGACCACAUACAUCAUUUAUUGAAUGAAUCUAAAAAUCUAACUUUUGCUUAUAAUAGUGACCGGAGGGUGUAUCGGAUACUUUUGGUUGAGUUACUUGAACUGAAGGCUCCAAUGAUGAAUUUCUUGUACAUUGAUCUCAGCUAAAAUGAGAUAUAAUAGCUCAAGAUUUUCAUAGUAAUGUAAUCAUGAUAAUUUUCAA